UAUAAAAUUUACUCCAGCCUUAGGCCGCUUCACCGACUCUUCCACCCCUUGUCGCCGGAAUUCGCCGCCAUCUCACCUGAAUCUGGCCGGAAUCUGACAUACAUCCCGCCGGAAAAGAUGUCAUCCGGCAGGUAUAUGGCCUACUCGCCCUCUCCCUCCACCGCUCCUCAGUCUCCCCACAUCUCGGGCAUUCGCUCCGCCUCCUCGGCUCUCGUUGAGCAAGAAAAUGAUUUAUUUGGUAGGUAUCUCUCUGAGUUGCUGGCAGAGCGGCACAAGAUCGGUCCAUUUACGGCAGUGCUUCCUCACUGCUAUCGAUUGCUGAAUCACGCAGAAAUAUUGCGUGUAACCACACUGUUGGGGAAUGCAUCUCUUAGAGAUCAAAGUGGGCUGGAACAUGCUAGCCCUCUGACUUCUGGAGGGUUAUUUUCAAAUGGAGGAGGAGCUGACAUGAAUGGAUGGGCGUCAGCAUUUCAAUCGGAAAGGUUGGGAUUGUUACAGCCAUCAUCAGCACAUGGCUGGCUUGGAUCACAGGGAAGCUCCUCAGGUCUCAUUGUCAAGAAAACAAUCAGGGUUGAUAUUCCUGUUGACAAAUACCCUACUUACAACUUUGUAGGUCGCCUUCUAGGUCCUAGAGGGAACUCCCUUAAGCGAGUGGAGGCAAGUACUGAAUGCCGUGUCUUGAUCAGAGGCCGUGGCAGCAUCAAGGAUCCAACUCAGGAAGAAAUGAUGAGAGGAAAGCCGGGGUAUGAGCAUCUAAAUGAGCCUCUUCACAUACUUGUUGAGGCAGAAUUACCAGUAGAAAUAGUUGAUUCCCGACUGAUACAAGCACGUGAGAUUCUUGAAGACUUGCUUAAACCUGUGGACGAGUCACAAGAUUUCUUCAAGAAGCAGCAGCUCAGAGAGCUUGCACUGCUCAACGGCACACUCCGUGAGGAAGGUCUGCACAUGUCUGGCUCUGUAUCUCCCUUCCAUAACAGCCUUGGUAUGAAGAGAGCCAAAACAAGGGGGUAGUAGCGUCAACAUAAGUAGGCAGCAAUGCCAAUUCCCAUGAGACACGUGGCCUAGACGGCCUGCUUUCCAUCGGGGGACCCAUCCCUGAUGGGUGUUGGUUCUAACUUGUUUCCAUAUGAAGUGUGCUUGUAUGCUAUUUGAAGGGUUGAUGAUGCUAGUGUGAUAGUGGGCCACUUCGUGUGGUCGUGGGGCUUCCAAGUUCCAUCUGUGUUCAGCAAGUUUGAUGGGCCAAAAUCUUAUUAGUGUUUCCUUCCGCUUGUAUUGUUAAGGAUAUGGUUUUGCUGUCAGUUUUGAUAUUUAUAUUUUACAGUUGUGGGGGUAUUGUAUGGAAAGAAAAUGCAUAUGGCUGUAUACGAAAUGUGAGCUGGAACAAUAGCAGGUCUGUUUUUGGUAGGGAGGGUUAUGUGCCAACUGUAGAUUAUAACUAAGUUGUGGUGAUUUUAUUAUCAGUUUAUUUGGAUCUUCUGUUA